GGCGGGCACUGCAUCACCAUGAUGAUGAACGUCGAGAAGAGCGCGAUUGUCUUGGACGUUGGGAGUCGGCACUUGAAAUGCGGCAUGUCUGGGGAGAGGAGCCCCCGCACAGUUUUACGAUGGGAGGUGGCGGAGAAGUUGCUCCUUCAGCCGCCGUUGACAAAGGAUGCCUGGAUGAAGUACAUUGGAAAUCAGCUCUACGAUGUGUGUUACAAGCAUCUUCGCGUCGCCCCAAAGAAUCGCCGCAUUGUCCUGUGCGAAGAUCUCUUGUUUCCGCGGAACUUGCGUGAAGCCUUGGCAGAUGCCGUGUUCAACGUCCUCAAGGCCAAGCACCUCUUGCUCCUUCCAGCCAUGACGACGGCCCUGUAUGCCACUUGCCACUCCACCGCCUUGAUCGUUGAUGCGGGGUGGCACGAAACGCGCAUUCUACCUGUGUUUGAGCGCCAUCCACUCGUUCAUGCGUAUACGACAACUGACGUCGGCUCUCGAACGUGCUGCGCUGCUCUCUCCAAGGAGCUACCAGCCGCCACGUCCGCAGAAGACGUCCUGGAAAGAGCAUGCUUUGUGGCAUCUCCCCAAGCUUUGGAAGCUGCCGUAGAUGCCAGCUUCUACGCCUUUACUCCGCUCGCCUUUAUGGUAUUUUCUCCCUGUUUCCACUUGGUGACCUGGACGAGUAGGUCCCAGCCACUACACGAAGUCAAGUCGUUGAGCCACUCUUCAACGGAACCGACACGCUCACAAUUCCAGAUGCCAUUCGCGAAUGCGUAGCCAAGUGCCCCGUCGACACACGGCGGGCCCUCCUCGCCAACAUCGUUUGCAUUGGCGGAACUUCUAUGCUCCCCGGUUUCCUGGACCGCCUCGCGACCGAUCUCGCGCCGGACCAUGGCCACGUCGCAUCGACGCUGUUUCCACCUCACUUUAUGACAUGGAUUGGCGCGUCGAUCUACGCCUCCACGGACGCUGCGGUUGCGCACGCUCUGUCGGCGGAGGCGUAUGAGCCGACCGCCGUCGACGACUGGAUGCGACUACCGUAGGUUAACGUAUAAAUCGAUUGCAAACACCUCCGACGAGUCUUUGCC